CCGAGGCGGCGGGGCGGCCGAGCAUGGAAGAACAGCAGCCGGAACCUAAAAGUCAGCGCGACUCGGGCCUCGGCGCGGCGGCGGCAGUGGCGGCGGCGGCGGCCCCCGGCAGCCUCAGUCUGAGCCUCAGCCCUGGCGCCAGCGGCAGCAGCGGCAGCGAUGGAGACAGCGUGCCGGUGUCUCCGCAGCCCGCGCCCCCCUCGCCGCCCGCGGCGCCCUGCCUGCCGCCCCUGGCCCACCACCCGCAUCUCCCCCCGCACCCCCCGCCCCCGCCGCCGCCGCCGCAGCAGCAUCUCGCGGCGCCUGCUCACCAGCCGCAGCCUGCGGCCCAGCUGCACCGCACCACCAACUUUUUCAUCGACAACAUCCUGAGGCCGGACUUCGGCUGCAAAAAGGAGCAGCCGCCGCCGCAGCUCCUGGUGGCGGCGGCGGCGGCGGCCGGAGGAGGCGCAGGAGGAGGUCGGGUCGAGCGUGACAGAGGCCAGACCGGCGCAGGUAGAGACCCUGUCCACCCGCUGGGCACGAGGGCGCCAGGCGCCGCCUCACUCCUGUGCGUCCCGGACGCGAACUGUGGCCCACCCGACGGUUCCCCGCCAGCCACCGCCGGCGGAGCGGGUGCGUCCAAAGCUGGGAACCCGGCGGCGGCGGCGGCGGCGGCGGCGGCGGCUGCGGCGGCCGUAGCAGCGGCAGCGGCAGCAGCAGCGGCCAAACCUUCGGACAGCGGCGGUGGCAGUGGAGGCGGCGUGGGGAGCCCGGGAGCGCAGGGUGCUAAGUACCCGGAGCACAGCAACCCGGCCAUCCUGCUAAUGGGCUCAGCCAACGGCGGGCCCGUAGUCAAAACUGACUCGCAGCAGCCCCUCGUGUGGCCCGCCUGGGUCUACUGCACGCGCUACUCGGAUCGUCCGUCCUCCGGUCCGCGCACCAGAAAGCUAAAGAAGAAGAAGAACGAGAAGGAGGACAAGCGGCCGCGGACGGCGUUCACGGCCGAGCAGCUGCAGAGACUCAAGGCGGAGUUCCAGGCGAACCGCUACAUCACCGAGCAGCGGCGGCAGACCCUGGCCCAGGAGCUCAGCCUCAACGAGUCCCAGAUCAAGAUCUGGUUCCAGAACAAGCGCGCCAAGAUCAAGAAAGCCACGGGCAUCAAGAACGGCCUGGCGCUGCACCUCAUGGCGCAGGGACUAUACAACCACUCAACCACUACGGUCCAGGACAAAGACGAGAGCGAGUAGCCGCCACCGGCAGGGGCCGCGCGGUCCGGCCGCCGCGCCCGCGCCCCCUCCUGGUACCGCCACCGCCGCCUUGCCGGCCCCACGCCCGGGGAGAAAUAAUCAGCGCAAAGGAGGAGGAAGGGAACAACAGGGAAAAGAGAGAGAAGGGGGUCCCCAGGACGGAGAGUCGCGUUGGAACGAGACAUUUUUCCAAAGAGAGAAAGACUCGGACAGGUGCUAUCGAAAAAUCAGAUCAGUUCUCUCUUCACAGUAUAAGGGACGAAACUGCGAACUCCUUAAAGCUCUAUCUAGCCAAACCGCUUACGACCUUGUAUAUAUUUAAUUUCAGGUAAGGAAAAGAAUUAUGUGUAGCGAUCUCUAUUUGCUGGACUUUUUAUUAAUCUCCUUUAUUAUUAUUGUUAUAAUUAUUAUAAUUAUUAUAAUUAUUUUAUCCCCCGCCUCCGCCUCGCUGCCCCCGGCCCAGUUUCGUUUUCUUUUGAAUGUUACUGCUUCUCCGGUGCCUCCCGCCCCGCAUCGCUGGCCCUCGUUUCUCUGGGACUUUUCUUUGUGUGCGUGAGAGUGUGCUUCCUCGCGUGUCUGCCCUUCUCCCGGCCCCUUCUGUCGGUUUGUCUGUCCUGCCCCCCACCCCUUUCGUUUGCCGGAGACUUGUUGAGAAAUACGACCCCACAGACUGCGAGACUGAACCGCCGCUACAAGCCAAAGAUUUUAUUAUGUUCAGAAACCUGUAGUCUGAAAUAAAGUGUAC